ACUGGAAGAGUACCUUCACGAGAUAGCUACAACGCAGUCGCGGACCCGCUCUCCUCUCCACUCUACAGCAAGGUUUUAGGAUUUGGAGAGGAGAAGAAAUGGCUGCCUCGGAACAAAACUCUUCGCAUCCUCAAUUCAUUACGAGCCAUGACGAUAGGGGAAUUUUCGGCGGUCCAUCUUCUCCUCUUAUCGAUGAGAUCGAAGCUGAUCAAAUCAUUGUUCCCCAGGAAGGAAGCUGGAAAAACUUGUUUGUAUAUAUGGGCCCUGGAUUUCUUGUUUCUAUUGCUUAUAUAGAUCCUGGAAAUUUUGAGACGGAUCUACAGUCAGGAGCGCAAUACAAAUAUGAGUUGCUCUGGAUCAUCCUCGCUGCUUCUAUUGCUGCACUCAUCAUUCAGUCUCUUGCAGCAAAGUUGGGCGUAGUAACAGGAAAACAUUUGGCUGAGCAUUGCCGAGCAGAAUACGCAACAGUAUCAAAUUUUAUUUUGUGGUUGCUAGCUGAACUUGCUGUUGUUGCAUGUGACAUACCUGAAGUUAUUGGAACAGCCUUUGCCUUGAACAUGCUCUUCAGGGUCCCAGUAUGGUGUGGUGUUCUCAUCACUGGACUAAGCACCUUGCUGCUUCUACUUUUGCAACAAUAUGGGGUACGCAAACUUGAGUUUUUGAUAGCUUUUCUAGUAUUCACAAUGGCUAUUUGCUUCUUUGUUGAGCUUGGCUAUGCAAAGCCACAGUAUUCAGAAAUACUGAAGGGAUUGUUUGUCCCCCAACUCAAGGGAGAUGGUGCUACUGGACUUGCCAUCUCUCUACUUGGUGCCAUGGUUAUGCCGCAUAACCUCUUCCUCCAUUCAGCUUUGGUACUAUCUAGGAGAGUACCACGUUCAGUUCAUGGAACCAAGGAAGGAUGCAGGUUCUACACUAUAGAAAGUGCAAUUGCUCUUUCCUUGGCCUUUCUUAUCAAUGUAUCUAUCAUUUCUCUAAGUGGUUCUGUUUGUAGUUCAGCAAAUUUAAAUCCAGAUGAUAAAACUAAGUGUGACGAUUUAGAUCUCAACAAAGCUUCAUUUUUACUAAAAAAUGUCUUAGGAAAAUGGAGUUCAAAACUAUUUGCUAUUGCUUUAUUGGCUUCGGGUCAGAGCUCUACAAUCACUGGAACUUACGCUGGGCAAUAUGUUAUGCAGGGUUUUCUUAAUCUACGCAUUACCCCUUGGAAAAGAAAUCUUUUGACUAGAUCUCUGGCAAUUAUCCCAAGUUUAAUUGUAGCAAUUAUAGGUGGCUCUACUGGGGCUGGAAAGCUGAUAAUCAUAGCAUCGAUGAUCUUGUCAUUUGAGCUUCCUUUCGCUCUUCUUCCACUCCUCAAGUUCACCAGCAGUAAGACCAAGAUGGGUUCAUAUGCUAAUUCUUUCGCAACUUCAGCACUGACCUGGAUUAUAAGUUCAUUUCUCAUGGCCAUUAAUAUCUACUAUCUCAUAACCAGCUUCAUCAAACUACUACUGAAUAGCCAAUUACAAACCAUAUCAAAAGUUUUUUCAGGAAUUUUCGGAUUUGCUGCAAUCUUGGUGUAUUUGGCUGCCGUCGUAUACUUGGCCCUGCGCAAAAACAGGAAAAAUACUCAGCCAUUGCUAUCCGCAGGUUCUGAACUCAGCCGAGUAUGCGACAAUGGUGGAAUUGAUGCUGAAACAUCUAUAUACAAUCUACCAAGGGAAGAUAUAGUUUCCAUGCAGCUUCCUCAGUGAAGAUCUGCAUUGAAUCUCGACUAUGUUUUCCUUGAUUUACCAUAUCUGCAAGCGUUAUAUUUUAUGCAAUAUUAGCCUUAAAGCGACGGUGGCAUAGAUGGGAUGGUGAUUUGUGAAAGUUCUAAGAAUAUGAUAUAUCUUGAUGAUAACUCCCUUGUCAAUAUCAGUUAUAAGUUGGAUAAACCCAAGAAAUAUGAUAAUAAAAUUGUAAGAUACAAAGUGUGGCCUUUUUGUAAUUUUUGUUAAACAAUAAUGCCAUUAAAGUGUUGGGACAAUUGGCAAAAUUUUCA